AUGACCGAGCUGACUCUUACAGUCGUCGGCUUGGCCAUUGCCAACGAGCUCGUCGAGAAAGGCUACAGAGUCGCCGUGGUCGGCGCUGAGCUUCCGGAGGACGUUCACAGUACGGGAUUCGCCUCCCCAUGGGCAGGCGCAGUCUGGUAUUCUUUCGCUACCACUGAGGCUGAACAACGUCGCGACGAGUUCACAUUCGACCGAUUCGCCAAGCUCGCUGCAAAGCACCCUCAUUUGGUUGCUGAGAGGAGGUUGAACUGUUACUGGCAAGAAGCCGGGAUCUGGAAAGAGCCUUGGUUCCGAAGCCUGGUCUCUGGCUAUAGCAGAUUGUCCCCUAAUGCCAUUCCCGAGCUUUUCAAGCAAGGCGUAACCUUCAAGACAUACACCGUCAACCCACCACUCUAUAUCCACCAUCUCGCGUCUGCCCUUCGCGCUCGCAACGUCCCCAUCCUCCGCACCCGCCUCUCCUCACUCGAUGAAGCCUACACCAUCCCCGAAUUCGGGCACGUCGCCCUCGUCAUCAAUGCUACCGGCUUGGGAGCAAGGUCCUUGAUGGGCGCCCAAGACGCAGAUGUGUACCCUGGCAGAGGCCAGACAGUCCUUGUACGAGCGCCGUGGGUCAAGGAGGCGCAUGUUGAUGCGGUCCCACUGGAGUCUACCGGUAUCUCAGCCUAUGUUCUGCCCAGGCCAGGGCCGGAUGGCCAUGUCGUUCUCGGGGGCACCUACACACCUGAUGAGUGGUCGACAAGCCCCGACCCCGUCGUGGCAGAGAACAUUCUCAAGGCAUGCCACAUCCUCUGCCCACAGCUGGACGGCAAAGACGGCAAAGGGAAAUGGCGAGACAUUGACGUGCUUUCGCACAAUGUCGGUCUACGUCCCAUGCGCAAGGACGGGCUCCGGCUGGAGCUUGAGACGCGCCACAUUGGACAAGGAGUCAACGAUGGGCUCCAGACCAAGAGGAGCAAGGUAGGAGCCGGUAGAGAGGUGGGGGUUGUCCAUGCCUAUGGUAUUGGAGGGGGGGGAUUCCAGGCCAGCCUCGGUAUCGCCGCUGAGGCUAGCUCGCUGGUUCGCCAAUGGUUUGAGAAGAAUCGCAAAGCCAGACUUUGA